UCAAUAGUAUAAGAACUCUGAUUUGUGUGUAAACAUGAGGGCAGUUGUGUCAAAUAUACGAAGUUUGCAUUGUUGUAAUGCGCCGUGAUGUCAUUUCUUUCUCGUUACAUUGUAUUGUUGUUCUAAGAAAAUGGAUGAAUCACAUGUGAAAACUAUUAUUUUUCUCUUGUGGAACGACAGAUUUGCUCGCACCUCAGUUUUAUCCAUCUUUACUCUUGCCUUAAUUGUUAUCCUAUCUUUAAGUUUUCUUUCUGGUCUACUAGUUCUUGGAGCAUAUAUAGGAGGUUUCAUUGCUUUUAGCUCAGUUUUCAGCCAAUGGCAGGAACUACCAGACAUUGUCGCUGUGGUGCGUGGAAAAGCAGGGAUGCUGAAAUCACAGUCCCAACGGUGUGCUGUGUGUGGCCGAGGACAAUGCAAACGACAUCAGCCUGCCACACAGCAGCCCUGGCUUGGCCUCGAUGUACCGAGGGAGAUUGAUACAGCCCUGGAAGAGUUUCUGGACAGAACUCUGCAGGAAUUUGUGUAUGCCUGGUAUAAAGAAUUGUCAACAGAUGAGAGCUUCAUUCAAGAGCUUAAACAUGCAAUACGCUAUUCUUCAUCAGUAUUACUGCGUAGAAUACUUCAGGUGGAUGUUGCUCGUGUUAUACUAUACAAGUUACUGCCAGUAGGAUUGCGUCACCUAGAUGACUUCCUAGGUAGUAUUCGUCUAGCUGGUGGAACACAGGCCACAAGUGGAAUAUUGGAAGAUCUAGACAGAGCUGUGUUAGAACGUGCUGCUCUACGUUAUUUGGGCCCACGUCUUCACCCAGCAGUGCACAGUAGAGAAGCUGAGCUUAUGUACCUGCGUCAGCUCACAUGUUUGCUCUUACCGCAACUUGUUCAGCAACAGCAGCUUAACUGCAGAAAUUUUAAUGUCUUAAUACGAGAGAUUCUGUCAGGAUGGGUGCUUUUACCUACAAUGGAUGUACUGGCUGAUCCAGCCAUUGUUAACAGUCUGCUACUACUUUUGGUGGAUAAACAGCCUCUAACACAAUAUCCAGCUGUAGUGCCUGAUACUGUUCAAUUUCUGGCACACUUUGUUUCCUCUGUGGCACCUCCAAAACAUGCAUCAGCAUUACGUUUUGAUAUGGCAGGGGUGCUGAAGGACCAGAGUUUACUUUAUCCUUUUAUUCAGUUCCUAAAAGGAGUGGGAUCAGUCAACAUUCUACAGUUCUGUUUGGAUGUAGAAGAAUUCAACCGCAAAAUGAUAACACCUGACUUGAGUGACGAGGAUCUUGAAAAUUUGUACAGAGAGGCUUGGGAUCUAUAUUCAGUAUACUUCAGUCCAGCAUCACCUGAUCAUAUUGAGUUCAGCCCUUCUGUAGUGGAGGAAAUGUUCUCAAUUCUACAAGAGCCAGCACGAAAUAUUGUUAAACUACGCACAACACCACCUCUUUUUCAGGCAUAUGAAUUUGCAUACAGUCAUUUGGAGAACACAUUGGGCCCACUUUUCCAUCAGAGUGAUGAUUACUUCGUUCUGUUGUGUGGCCAAAGACUUCCCAGUGGUUUCUCAAAGAGUGGCUCAAGUUCCCCAAUGCAGCAAGGAUCACCAGCAAAGGGAAGAGCAUUCAAGAAAGCAGCUGAAGGAGAUACAGUAGCGAAAGUUCGCAGCCACCUUCGAAAGAUCAAAGGUGCAUUAAGAGCCCAGCCUGUAGAAGGACAUACAUUUGACAAUGAUGCGUUAUUAGACUUGGGUGAAUCAGAAUUUGCAGAAGAACUCCAGCUCUCAGAGGUUUCUACGUACCGUGACCUGAGUGCAUGGAGGAUAUCAAUACCCUCUGUCGAAACUCAGACAGACAUUAACAGCAAAUCUUUUCCUGUGUUCCGUAUUGAUGUUCAGCGGAUAGAUGUUCGAGAAGAAGAUGAUCCGGAAUCAUAUCAUUGGACUGUGGAUAGAAGAUAUAAUGAUUUUUAUGUACUUGAAUCAAAGCUGACUGAAUUUCAUGGUGAAUUUACUGACAUACACCUUCCACCAAAGAGAGUAAUAUCUGGACCACGGGGUGUGGAAUUUAUGGAGUCAAAGCGACAGGUAUUUGAGGACUUUUUGCAACGUCUGCUACAGAAACCAACUCUGCGUGGAAGUGAUUUACUACAUGCUUUCCUGCGUUCUCCUUCUGAAUUUGUUCCUGCUUCUGUUGGAGUACCAGAAGGUCUAGGUCGAAUGAUUCGUCGAACAGUUCCCAUUAGGUUACGGAAAGAGAGAGGUCAGCAUCUUGAUGCUUUCCUGGCUACAUUCCUUUCAACCUGUGAAACAGGCAAAAAUCGUUCAAGCAAGUAUGAAUGGAAAGAUGUUAAUGCUAAAGAGCCUCAGAAAGUACGUUGUCUCACUCAUCCUGUAUUUGGAGACAACUUUGGGUUAGACCGUCAUCAACCACUAUUUGCUCUGGCAGGGGCAGGAAUGGGUGGAAGUGCAUUGCCUAUUCAAGGAUUCUAUGACUGUGUGCUCUAUCUUCUUGUACGUGUGUUUGGAGCCUCGCAGUCUGUACUGCGACUUGCAUUAGGCGUACGUUCCUUAUGCCACAAUACCAUUAAUUCUUUAUGUUGUGUGUACCUGGAUUCCAAGCUUCGGAAUCUUCUUGUGCCCCCUCGUGUUGCGCAUUUAAUACGACUUCUUCAGGGAGCUGUCUUUGGCCAUAAAGGUUCCUCACCGACAGCACUGGAAUUAAAAGCACGAGCCACCUUUACUCUUAGUCAGCUUCAGUCAUUGUUGCCAGGGGUUCUCAACUCAUGGCUUGGCAGCAGAUACAAGGAUGGGAUUUUGACAAUUUUCACUGCACUUCAGAGCCCACUUCUCAACAAACAGCUUGCAUAUACUCUUCUGGAUAUUGUUGCUUUAGAGCUCUUUCCUGAAUGCCUGACUGGAGAGCUGUCACCUCAACCUAUGGAAAAAUAAAUAUCACAAGUAUAUCGAAUGAAACAUUCCACUUUCUGAGACUGCUCAUUUUGUUGCUGGUGACUACAAAUGUACCUUUGAAAGGUAAUCAGGAGUGUUGCAUUUUCCAUGCAAAACAAUACUGAGAUGAUGUGAAAACAAUGUUCUUUUGCAUUUGCUGUCAUAUAAUUAAAUACUAUAGUUCCUUGCCAUUUGGAUGAGUAUCAGUUUACGUUUAUUUUGUUGACAGUACCUACACACCAAAGUUUUGGAAGCAUUUAUAUUUCAGACUGGUUGUUAUUAUUGUUAUAUAUUUGCAGAGAGAAUAUUUGUUGUUAUAAUAGUGUUAAUCAUAAUGUUCCAGAAACUGUUGAUCUUAAAAAAUUGCUGUAAAAGGUAUACUAUUGAAUUAAGUUUGAGCUUUUUGCAUGCAAAAUUUGUUAUUUAUUACUGUUUUAUGUACACAUCUUACCUACGUAAAAAGAAAUCAGUUUAUUGGAAAAUCUAGCU